CUAAGAUUUUGUUCCUAAAGAGUGCAUAAUCGGCACAACAAUGAUCCGUGCGAGCAGUCAAAGAGUUGAAGGGCAGGGGGGCUGAGUCACUUUGCUUGCCUCCCCUUUGGGCCGCGUGCCAAGGCGAAUUUCUAAAUCGGGCGCUCUCAGUUUGUGCGACAAACGCGAGCGAGCCGAACGACCCAACGCAACCUACAUGGCCGACCCCCUGCUGGACCUGCUGGCGGCGCCGCCCGACUUGCUCUUCCAGCAGUUUGCGGCGCUAGAGGGAUUGAACUCGGGUGUACCAACCAGAACGACGCCCACCCUGACGCCCACUACCCUGAAGAGCAUCGAGCAGACCUUCCUAGAGUUGCAGCCCCAACACACGAACCAUUCAGCAGGCUUCGUGCCCCCGGUAGUCCACCACUCAAACCACGCAAGCACACUAAACAGCGGUGGUGGAACGGUGUUUGUCAACUCAGAGACCCUGAAACCGUAUCAGCAGUCUCACAUCUCUGGUCAUCCAUCGGCCCCAGCCAGUCCUGCCCUCAGUAACAGUCCAACACCGGCUCCAGCAGCCACAAUGGCCAGAAGGAAUGUUGGUGGUAGGCGGCCAAACAAGAACAGUAAUUGUAGUCCCGAGGAGGAAGAAAAGAGGAAAGUCCGACGCGAAAGGAACAAGCUUGCUGCCGCCCGUUGUCGUAAGCGCAGGCUCGACGAAACCAACAGGUUAAUCACAGAAACCGAGGGUCUGGAGGCCAAGAAGCAGGCCAUGCAAACAGAAAUCACGCAACUGAACCGUGCCAAGGAGGAGCUGGAGUUCCUGCUGGAGGCGCACGUACCUAACUGCAGGCGCCACGAAACUAGACGCCAGCCUCCCAGUUUGGUGCCUCGUCCGGCCCGGCCUUCAACCCUUGCAGUCACCCCUUCUUUUAAGAGCAGCGACCUGGGCUACAGCAUCUCAACUCCCUCGACCGGCCUCAACUUCGACAGUCUCAUAGCAGGCGGUACCGGCCUCACGCCGGUCGGCACCGACUUCACCCCAGUCAGCAACGGUCUCACGCCAGUCAUCACGGGCCUCGCUCCCAUCACCAGCCAGGCGAGGACAGGCCUGACUCCUAUGGGGCCCGUCGCUGCCAGUGCCAGCCCAACGAAAGAAGCUGGAAGUCCGGAGGGAAGUGGGAGCCAAAAGUUUGUGGCCCUUUGAUGGGGCGAGUGAGGAUGUUUUGCUAAACAAGCACAUACUAGUCGGGACUUUCAUCUACAAUUCGUUUCGCUAUUUAAUAUUAAGAUUUUUAUGAUGACUAUGCAGACGAUAUUUUUUCGAAUAUGAUUGUAUACAAGUUGAUUGUACUUUUGAUACUCAGAUAAAUUAAAUCUAUUGCAAAUUGUAA